CGCGCCCAUGGUGAUGUGUCUUGCGAACAAUUGUCAAACCGAUGGAAAAACAAAAAGAAAAAAAGAUUUUUGUUUAGCGAAUGUGUUUUACUUUCACGACAGAGAAAGCCAACCAAACAUUAUAACGCAAUAAAACGCAAGAAAAAGGCGUAGAAAAGUGCAAUACGCUGCGUUUGUGUCCGUUUCACUCGUCGGUAAAGACGGCUGCCGAAGAACGAUCCACGUUUCCCGUAGAUUUUUCGUAACUCAGCUACAGGUAGCUACAUGGUAAAGGGCUACCACCAGUGGUGAACAAAAUGGCAGAUCAGCGACCAGGCACCUCGCAACAGCAGCAGCAGCAGCAGCAGCAACAGCAAACCCAGGAAAACCGCAAAGGCCGCAAACGUCGACUUUCGAUGAAUCGGAAACGGGGCAACAAGAAAGGUGUUCCCAAGCAGGAGGAAAGCACGGAACCGCCCAGUGCGCUGCUUCAGCCACUCAUCCAGAGUUUGAGUGCGUGUCCACCGAACGGGGAAAUGAAUGCGCUCAUCGGUGCCCUUCAACCGACGCCCGUCGAGGUGGAGACGGCUCUGAACAUGGUCAAGGACGAUCUGCGCCGCGUGCUGUACCAGCCCAACGAUCAGGCGACCAUAUACGAGUUCGGGUCGAUCAAAUCGGGCCUGCUACUGAAGGACAGCGAUCUCGACUUUUAUAUUCACUACGCGCGCGAAAAAACCGAACGGGAAGAUCAAACGAAGCUGAUCCACAUCAUAUGCUCGCGCAUGGACAAGGAUCGCAACUUUACCGGAAUGGUGAAGAUACUGGGGGCGAAGGUGCCACUGCUGCGGGCCGUGCACGCGCGUACAAAUCUCCAGUGUGACAUCAACUUUAGCAAUGCGCGCGGCUGCUACAACAGCAAGUUCAUCUACGCCAUCAUGAAGUUCGACGAGCGCAUCCAUCAGCUGACCGUGAUGGUAAAGUUUUGGGCCCAGUGUGCCCACGUGCUGACGCCCCACAGGCAGAUGAACUCGUACUGCCUGAUCAUGAUGGUGAUAUUCUAUCUGCAAACGCGCAAACUGCCCGUCAUCCCAUCGGUCGAGGACAUGCAGCAGGGUAUCGCGCGCGUUAGCUUUGGUCCGUGGAAUCUGGGCUACCCGCAGGAGAUACGGUACAAAACGUGGAACGUAAACACGGUCCGGGAGCUGCUGGUGGGCUUCUUCAAGUAUUAUUCGGAGUUUGAUUUUGCCAAAAAUCUCAUCUCCCCGUUCGUCGGGAGGCUAUGCUCGCUCGAGGAGCUGGAGAAGAAGGCAAUCCGCGAGCUGGCACCGUACUAUCGGGCGUGCGAGCGCGAAGACUAUCCGGAGUUUGUGAGCGGUCCGUGCAUAUCGAUACAGGACCCGUUCGAGCUGAACGUGAACGUGGGGAAGGUGCUGCGGAUGAACUUUCUGCUGGACCAGAUGAAGCUAAGCCUGAAGCACGCGCACGACGUGUGCCAGCGGUUUCAGGGUAAGGAAUUUUCCAAACUGCUCAUAGCGCUGUUCACCGACGUGCAGCGUUGUGCCAAGAAGCAGAAGGAAAAGCAGGAACCGAACGGUCCCGCUCCACCGUCUACAUCGGCCGGGGCGGCGAGUGGGAAGCCGAUCAACGGUAGCGUAGUAGCACCGCAACCCGGACCAUCCGGCACGGCGCUGCCCCCGACGGGCCCACCAAAGAACGGAUGCUGGUACAAGUGCCGAUUGCCACCGCUCGAGAACGAGCUGUACCUGGUGAAGCAGAUACUGCAGGCGCGCGAUCGCGAGCGCAAAAUGAUCAUUACCGAGGAUCGGAUCCGGCAGCUGUGGCUUGAGUGUAUGCCCGACUUCAUAGUGGACAUUCUGCGCAAGCUGUACAUGGUGAAGGUGGAACCGAUCGCACCACCGGCGACUAGCACCGACGCCGAACCGCCGAACGUCACCCGCACCUAUCAGCUUACUUGCGAACGGCAAGUCUUCAUUGCCCGCAAGCGUAUCAGCAUCUCGAACGAGGCGGACCUGAAGCGUGAAAUUGAAAUCUCCAAAUCGAAAUGGGAACGGAAUCAUCAGCUACAGUUUAGCACCCGGGCGAACAUGGUGGCGGUCGAUGGGGCGAUCGAGCUGUGCGUACCGAGCGAUCAGCCAAAGAAUGGACCGUUCCGGCUGUUUAUCGAUACGUGCUUUCUGGUGCACAUUCGCAAAUGUCUCCGGGGGUACUUUAUGGUGAUGCUGGCCAAGACGAAGGAGAAAGCCAGCCAGCCAAACAGUGACCCUGCGCCAGCGGGUGAUGAACCGUCCGGCGCGGUGGUGGAAAAGGCCGUGGAUGUGAGCCCUGAGGAGGGUGGGGAAGCGGUUAGCACUAGUGGGAAGCAAGAAAUGGACACAACACCGGCGGCAGAGGCUGUGCAGGGAGGGCAGGGAGACGAAGCAACGAAUGGUACGGGUUUAGCGGCUGUCGUAGAGCCCGCCAGUGAGGAGAGAUAAUGUAUACGUUAUUGAAGGCAUCAUUAUUGCAGCAGGGAGAGUAGUGUUAAGUAAUUAACGUACUGAUUUGACUUUACGUUAGUUAGUGUAAGCCCCAACAGUGGUGCGUUUCAGUGGAGCUUUUCUUUUAUUUUACCCGAUUUUAUCAUACUUCUUAUGGUAAUUACUCUAUAUGGGGGUGCUUCAGCACUGAGAAUAAGGUGUUCACGGGAAGGAAGACAGCUAUGGACUAGAAGAUAGAUUGAACUUAUUUCUUACAAUUUUUUAGGCAUCGGGCCUGCUACCUGCUGGUAACGCCCAGGUGCCGUGUUAAUGGUGUAUAGCCCAUCUUCGAGCUUAAAGGGCACUAUCGUUCGAAGAGGCCAAAAAGGGUCGCAGUAGUUGGACUUUUGUUUUUCCGCAUGAACUUGAAUAUGAUUCCGGCUUACUGCCAGAUGUCGAACCUUCGUUUUUUAAACGUUUUUCAAACGCACGAAUUCAAACAAAAUCCCCGAUGUUCCUCCUGAGAGUUGACGCAUGACGCAAGAACGCACCCAAAUGUCCGACAGUGUAUAGAAAAUACUGACUUGAGGAAAAAAUAAAUAUAAUUCAUGUGUUUCGUUUCCAACCAA